AUGAGACGUGAAAACUCUAACCACAUUAUAGUACAAUCUGAAACAAACUUCAAUGAAAUCAACCUAAACAAUAGUACUUUAUCGGAGGCUGAAUUGGAUCGUCAAAGUCCUCGUCCAAGCGCAUUCUACAUAGUUUGUACUCCAUCACGAUCUUCCUCCUCCUCGGAUGACAAUGAGAAAAAAACAAAGGAUUUAAACCCACUUCAAAGCCCAUUAGCUUCUCCUCCUCAUUCUGAUCAUUCCGACUCUUUUAGGGCGGCUCGUCCUUCUUCCUUCUCGCGAUUCUUUGAAUCAUUGAACAACCUUCGAUCAUUGAACAACCUUCGUCAAGGACAUUCUCGACGUCCUUCAAAGAAUGAGUUUCUUGACAAUGAAGAAAAAGGCUUUCUUUAUGGUCACGAUGAUCAUGAUUCACAUAAUCGUGGAUACUCUAAUUGCACUUAUUUCUUUGCUUUUGUUGUUGGAUUUGUCGUUCUAUUCUCUAUGUUCUCACUCAUUCUCUGGAUUGUAAGUUGUCAUCAAAAACCUAUCGUUGUUCUUAAGAGUAUAAGAUUCAAUGAAUUUUAUGUUCAAGCAAACGGUGUUGAUGCAAGAGGAUUUUUGACUACCACAUUGUCCAUUAAUUCCUCUGUGAAACUCAAUUUUAGAAAUACUGGAACAUUUUUUGGGGUCCAUGUUACAUCAACUCCAUUGGAUCUCCAUUACUAUGAAUUUCCACUAGCCACUGGAAAUAUACCUACGUUUUAUCAAUCAAAAAAUAGUAAAAGAUCUAUUAAGGGAAUGGUGAAAGCAAAACAAAUUCCACUGUACGGAGUAGGAUCAAACAUAAUGACCUCAGACAAAAGAAGUGGGCUACCGGCCAAACCGGUACCCUUGCAAUUGAGUGUGGUAGUGAGGUCAAAGGCUCAUGUUAUGGGGAGGUUAGUGACAAACAAGUUCUACAAGAAGAUGGAGUGUGCUUUCGUUAUGGAGUCCAAGAAAAUAGGGGUGCCCAUUUCUCUUAUCAACAAGUGCAAAUAA